UUCGUCAAGAAGCCGUGUAGAAAAACUCGUGCCAAUUAGUGAAUUGACGGAUUAAAAAUACAGUUUUUGUGUUUUUUUAAGUGUACAGAAUUGAAUUGUAAAAAAAUUUACAAUUUUAUAAGACAAAUAAUCUUUAAAAACCAAAAAAUAAAAGUUGGACCAGCUGUUUUAAUAAAAUAACAAAAAAUUGGGCAGUGUACGACCACCAAAACGUUGUCGUAGCGAAAUGGAUACAACAUCAGCAUCUGAUAUUGUUAUAAUACAUGGCAAUUCGCAUCCCGAUUUAGCCAAUUUGGUAGCCGAACGUAUGGGCAUCAAAAGUGGUGGCUGUUCGGUAUUUCAUAAAACAAAUCGUGAGACAAUGGUGGAAAUUGGUGAUUCAGUAAGAGGCAAAGAUAUUUAUAUUAUACAAACUGGCACCAAAGAUGCUAAUAACAAUAUUAUGGAAUUGUUAAUUAUGGCUUAUGCCUGCAAAACCUCUUCAGCUCGCUCGAUUGUGGGUGUUAUCCCCUAUUUGCCUUAUUCCAAACAAUGUAAAAUGCGGAAACGUGGUUGUAUUGUCUCAAAAUUAUUAGCCAAAAUGAUGGGCACUUCGGGUUUGACUCAUAUCAUUACCAUGGAUUUACACCAAAAAGAAAUACAAGGUUUCUUUGAUAUACCUGUGGAUAAUCUAAGAGCUUCACCUUUCCUUUUACAGUAUAUACAAGAAAGUAUACCCGAUUAUCGUAAUUCUGUUAUUGUUGCCCGUAAUCCAGGCUCUACACAGAAGGCUACUUCUUAUGCCGAACGUUUACGUUUGGGCAUUGCUGUCAUUCAUGGUGAACAAAAAGAAGCUGAAAGUGAUCAAGUUGAUGGUCGUUAUUCGCCACCACCUUCAAAUAGUACAUAUGACAUAGGAAAUACAGUUGAAAUGUGCUUACCAGCAACACCUAGCAGCCGCACUCGUACCGUAAGUGUAUCGGUUGGUGUACCCGAUCAUCCACCCAAAGUAAAACCACCUAUUAACGUUGUAGGUGAUGUUUCUGGACGUAUUGCCAUUAUGGUGGAUGAUUUAAUCGAUGAUGUACAAUCAUUUGUGGCUGCUGCUGAAGUUUUGAAAGAAAAUGGUGCUUGUAAGAUUUAUGUUUUGGCCACUCAUGGUUUGUUAAGCUCUGAUGCACCUCGUUUAAUUGAGGAAUCUUUCAUUGAUGAGGUUGUUGUUACCAAUACCAUUCCACAUGAGAUCCAAAAAUUACAAUGUCAUAAAAUCAAAACUAUUGACAUUUCCAUUCUUAUUGCCGAGGCCAUACGCCGUAUACAUAACAAAGAAUCCAUGUCUUAUUUGUUCCGUAAUGUUACUUUAGAAGAUUAGAAAAGAAACUAUUUAUUUAGCUUGAUUUCUGUUUUUAUAAAUCACUAUUAAUGGCUUGUUUCCAUUUAAAGAAAAAAAAGGUAAAUAAAUUCCUUAAUACAUAAAAUUUUAUAAAAACUUUUUAAUCUUUUAUUCAAGUAUUUGAAUUACAUAAAAUGUUAUAUUACAAAUA